AUGGCUGUGCAGAAGCAAAGGCCGCGAAUGGACCUUGUUCCAAGCCAGGUGGCUCCAGCUGUGAUGGACGAUGCCUCUUUGCAGCUGGCUUCAAGCUGUGCGCAGGGCAUGUCGGAGCAGGAUCUCUACAACCAGCUUGCUGCGUCGGGGACCUCGCAGAUGGAAGUUUGGAGAAACACUGUGCUCCGACUCCUGCUGUCGCCACACCAGCGGCCUUGUGCUGCAAUGAACACCUUGCGAUCCUUGGGCGCUUUGGGCUUUCGAGCGUCUCCUGAACAGCUUGAGGCGCUGUGCUGGCUCUUGGACAUCACAGGAAGCCGUCGUGUGCGCCCUGGGGACGCGCUUGACAAGGGUGUUCGCUGGCGUGCUUGUGCCGUUCUUGAUGGCUUUCUGCGAGGAUUGUCAAGACAAGGCUUCGCAAAGCUGCCCAAAGAGCUUCAAGCCUGCUGCAUGUCGGUUUUGCUGGCGCGUUGCUCCGACCGUUGUUCCGAUGUACGUCAAGUGGCCAGCGAAGCGCUAAGCACCUUGGGAGGAUUGGACAAGGAGACCUCAGAAGUCUUGCGGCAGAGAGCCUUGAGUGAUUGCAACGAAUGCGUCAGGGCAGCUUGCGUAUCCGCGUUGCUUCAAGGCAGCCAUGCUGACACCGCUUUGGAGAUCAUAUCAGCUAGCAGUCUGGACCUAGCACCUCGUGUCCGGCGGCGCGUGCUGGAUUCCAUGGACUUGACCAAGCUACAAGGCGACCCGGAAUCACUCUUGGCAGCGGCGUGGCGCAAAGCAGUGCUACAAGGUCUUGGUGAUCGCCUACGCUCAGUGCGCCUGGCUGCGGUGCGAUGUCUGGUUGCUGACGUGCAACAGCUUGGGGAUAGGGCAUUGUGCCUGAGAGAUGUUGAUUUUGCUGCAGGAGCAACUUCGCGGAUCGUGAGCGGCAUCGCAGGGGUGGUGCGCCAGCCGAACAUCUUCGACGCAGAGGGAGAAGGUUCCUCCCGUGCACUCCGCGAGUUGUUGCGGAGCUUUGACACUGACAAGAGUUUGGAAAAUGCAUCUGUGGCUGAAGCCACAAAGGGUCAAGUUCUCUGGGCCCGCAUCACCUUGCACCUGGCCACUGUGCUGGGAGAAGCUUCACCCACAGAAGAAAUGGUACAAGAGAUUCAGAAGUGCAUGGCGAUGCUGCAUGAGUCCUCCAGCGGCUCGAAGAUGAGGGAUGAGGCCCACUUCAAGUUGUGCCAGUGGUUGAACUGCGCCUUGGUGUGCGACAUGCCAGCGGAAUCAGCAGGUCGUGAGCAACUUGUCCAAGUAGCUGGAGCUGCCCUCAAGGUGUCACCAUUGCAGCAAACCGUCAAAGCCCUCCUCGAAGAUGGCAUCUUCCCGGGCGGCUUUUUGGGCGAUGAGCGGUCUUCGGACCCUCCUUCCUUUGAGCUGGCAACGUUGCUUCUCCGGCGAGUCAUUGCUGAUGGGAGCACUUUUGAUGUGAAUGGAGCACAGGCUGCAUCUGCCGCUGAGGUGUUGUUCUCUUCCUUUGCUGCGGCAAUUUUCAACAACCUGAAGAAGGAAAGAGAUGCAGCCAAUGAGAAAUUGCUCGAAGCCCAAGAUGAACUGAAGCAGAUGGAGAAGGAUCUAGAAGACCAGCGCUGGGCAGAGGCUGCACCUUCAUGGAUCAAAGCGGCAAAGGGGUCGACGCCACACAAGGCUAUCGAAGACAUGGGCGAAGACAUCGAGGCGCUUCGAGAAGAACACCAUCAGUGCUGCCUGCGCGCCCUGCUUCUGGCGACAGCCUGGUUGAGAUACAGCCGCUGUCCCCUGCAACGAGAUUCCAAGCAGAGACAACUUCUGCAUACGGUUUUGCUGCCAGUCGUCACCGAUCCGGUGCAACCCGUCUACAACAAGGUGGCAGCCAUCCAUGGCAUCGCAAUCUACGCAUCCAAGAGCGAGGAGUAUGCCUUGUCGCUGUGGGACUUCUUUGUGAAGCUCUUGGAGGAACAAGAUCUCGAACAAUUGAAUUCCAUUCGAAUCACGGAGCUCUGCGUGCUCUUCAUUUGCGACUCACUACUUCAUCCGGCUGCUCGUGAGAAACGCCAGAACGCCUCAGUGAUCCUGGCGAGGACUGUCAUGUCAGUGGAGGAAAAGACUGCUCAGACUGGGAGAGCAGCCUUGCACCAUUUGCGCGCGGUGUUGUGGGAUCGGGUUUGCUGCUUGGCCCUUCAAGGCAUGUUGGAAGGUGCAAGCGGAACUUGGCUCUUGGGAAAAGGACUGGAGGUUGUUUGCCGCUCUUCUGGGAAAGGCAGCGAAGGUGAAAAGCGCUCAUGCAGAAAGAACCAAAAGAGGCACAUGCACGAAGCAUACACGUCUCUGGGGUUUCAGUCAGAAGCGAAGUCUGGUGAGAGCAUUCUGGGCUUGCUGGAUGUAGGCGAUGAUCCGAUUCGCCGAGCAGUGCUUCGCAGUCGUUUGAUGAGAUUCUUCGCCUGCUUGACAAAGGUCUCUGCCGAGCAUGCUGCACUGCUACUGCAGGCAGUAGAGGCCUUCUUUGGGGCACGCCUCUACUGCGCCCAUCUCUCUGGUCCGGACAAGGAAGCCAAGGAAGCAAGCAAAUCAUGUGCAGUUGGAGCUGUCCGUUUGGUUUGUCACUAUUUGGGCAAAGCCAAAGAGAGCCUAGCAUCAUAUGGCUGUGAUGCAGCUGAACUGCAGCUGAAUGUUAUCAAGCAGACUGCUGCAGCUUACUUGUCUGCCCCAUGUGCUGAAGCGAAAGGGUUGGCUCAUGCACUGGGAACGGCCAUUUUGGCUUCAGCAGAUGGUGGGCCAUGCUUCGAUUGGGCGGGAAAAAACACAGACAAACUGCGGGACGCAGCUCGAUCUCUGUUGCGAGAUUGGUCGCCAGCUACUUCUGCCAAGACCACAACAUUGCUGCUGCAAGAAAUCCACUAUGCUGGCCAGGUGCCUCCGGAGACCGGACGUGAGUUUGCACAGGAAGCACUGGAUUCAGCUGCGGAUUUCCGACAUGACCUUGCAGUACUUGGCUUGACGCCAAUUGCCAAUCCAGGAGUUCGAGGACCCACCAAGACGUUGUAUGUUCCCAACCCAAGGGUUGGCUACUGGCGCAAACCUGAGCCCACUCAAAAGCCCCGCCAGCUUCCAGACCAGCUUCCAGAUCAAAUGGAGGAGGAGGAGGAGGAAGAGUGGGAGGAGCCCAGCCCUGAGAUGGUGUCUCGUUGGGAGAUUCUUGAUCGCCGUGGCGCUCGACUUGCGCUGGUUCCACGCGGAAGUGGCUUGACACUUGGGCGACACCGGGGCUGCGACAUUUGUGUCGACACGAGCUCAGUCAGUGCUCGGCAUUGCCUCAUUACCUGUCUGACUGGAAGCAAGAGAGAUUCGUUAAUUCUCCGAGACCUAUCCAGCAACGGCACCUUUGUCAAUGGCAUCCACUUGAAAGAAGGCGAAGAGCUUGGCCUCAGUCAUGGAGAUGUGAUUACCUUGGCUACUCGAGAUGGACAGGCAUUUGAGGUAAGGCAGUGCCAAGUGAAGAAAGGAGAGGAUCACAUGCCUGGAGAAAAGCUGCAGGCCGCAGCAGACUUUCAAGCUGUUCCUGCGCAGGUAUCAGGGGUGAAACGGCCAGCUGAGGCCCCGAAAGAUCAAAGUGCUCCGCCACGUCGCCUUCGGCGAAAGACGAAAGAUCCAAAGUGGGUUGUCGUUGAGCUUUCGCCAGGCCGGUUCGUCCUUCCAAGCGGUCAUGCACGAACACAGCCCGCAAGGGCUUUUCCGGCGCAGACCGUUAAAACUGGUUGGACUUUGUUGAGCACAGGGAGCGUCGUAGUGCUGGUUCUCCAAGCUCUCAAUCAAAGGUUCCUUCCUGGCUUCUUCAUGAACAGGGCAGUGAGGAAGACUGGGCAAAGGCUGGAAAGGACAGAGCCCGCCCCUGCACGGCCGGUCGAGGAGGAAUACAUCAAGGACUUCAUCAAUUCACCUCAACGUAAAGCUUUGAGCACCCCUUCCUUCUUGGUGGUCAGUGGUUCCCAAGGCAUUGGGAAAUCAACCAUGCUGAACAAUCUCAUGUGUGAGCAUGUGAAGAAUGGCAAAAGGGUGCUUCCUCUUGAUAUUUCUGUUCGUCCUGGUGAGGACUUGAAGCUGAACGAGGUCAGCGUGUCUGCUGUGGCCGACAUCAUUCACCGAAAGGUUUACAUAAGGCUGGUUGUGGUCCGACCGCUGCCUUUCGAAGACUUCACAUCUGUGGUCAAGGAGGUGGCAAAGCAGGGAAACGACUUCCGGACGCUGAACAAGGUUCUUGCCGAAGAUGACAUGGACGAGGUGUUGAAGCACUACUACAUCCGCGUGGGGGGCAACUUGGGCGCCUUGGACUUCAUACUGGAAGACGUCUCCGGAGAAGGUCAGAAAGGUGCGGAUGCGGUCAUCAAGCAGGUUGAGCAGUGGUACAAGGAGAGGGUGGAACCAAUUGAAAAGAAAUUGGAUGACCAGGAAGUGAAGGACUAUCUCUUCAAGGUGGCAGAGGCAGGACCCAUGGGGUAUCUCCCAAACAGCAAGCAGACGACCCAAAUGAAGUUGAAGCUUCUUCGUGAGGAGCCAGCAGACUGCGUCCUGAGGAGAACAACCAAUUUAAGAGUGGCUUUGAAGCAUUGGCAUUUCGUCGCCAAGCUCUUUCAAGAGGAUGAGCAGAAGUUGAGGGUUUACAUAAGGCUGGUUGUGGUCCGACCGCUGCCUUUCGAAGACUUCACAUCUGUGGUCAAGGAGGUGGCAAAGCAGGGAAACGACUUCCGGACGCUGAACAAGGUUCUUGCCGAAGAUGACAUGGACGAGGUGUUGAAGCACUACUACAUCCGCGUGGGGGGCAACUUGCGCGCCUUGGACUUGAUACUGGAAGACGUCUCCAGAGAAGGUCAGAAAGGUGCGGAUGCGGUCAUCGAGCAGGUUGAGCAGUGGUACAAGGAGAGGGUGGAACCAAUUGAAAAGAAAUUGGAUGACCAGGAAGUGAAGGACUAUCUCCUCAAGGUGGCUGAGGCAGGACCCAUGGGGUAUCUCCCAAACAGCAAGCAGACGACCCAAAUGAAGUUGAAGCUUCUUCGUGAGGAGCCAGCAGACUGCGUCCUGAGGAGAACAACCAAUUUAAGAGUGGCUUUGAAGCAUUGGCAUUUCGUCGCCAAGCUCUUUCAAGAGGAUGAGCAGAAGUUGAGGGAUGCAGGAUACAUGUGA